AUGUCGCAGCCUGAUUAUGAUAUUUACAAGCUUGGUGACUGGGAGUUGCAGAGCGGGGAGAAGAUUGACGAUGCUCAUAUCGCGUACAAGACCUUUGGAAACCCCAAGCUCCCUGCGAUCGUUUAUCCUACUUGGUUUUCGGGUGCCAUCGCCGAUAACUUCUGGUUAAUCGGAGAAGACAAAACCCUCAACCCGAAAGAAUAUUUCAUCAUCAUCACCGCACUGUUCGGUAACGGGCAGUCCUCAUCCCCCUCAAACCAACCUACUCCCAAGCCCUUCCCCAAGGUUUCAUUCUUCGAUAAUGUCCGCGCCCAGUACGAGCUCGUCACUAAGCACUUCGGCAUCACCCGCCUGCGCGCCGUCGUAGGCUGGUCUAUGGGCGCCGGCCAAACCUACCAGUGGGCAACACAGUAUCCGGAUUUCAUGGAUAUUGCAGUACCAUUCUGCGGCUCGGCGAAAACAUCUCUGCAUAAUCAGGUGUUUAUCGAAGGUGUCAAGACGGCCCUUCUUGCCGUGAAGAAUACUCGCUCGGCUGGUUCUGGGAAGGGCGGAUUGCAGGAGGACUCUGUCGAGCUUCGGACGUGGAGUGAUAGAGAUAGAGAGGUUGGCCUUAAGGCCAUGGGGAGAGUGUAUGCUGGAUGGGGCUUCAGCCAGGCAUUCUAUCGCCAGAAGCUGUAUGAGACAGCUCUGGGAUACAAGGACCUCGAAGACUUCCUGCAGAAUCACUGGGAAAAAUGGGCCUGCUCGAAGGAUCCCGAGAAUCUGCUGGUGAUGAUGCAGACCUGGCAGAAUGGAGAUGUCUCCCAGCAAGAACCGUACAAUGGAGACUUUGAGAAGGCGAUGGCCUCAAUUAAGGCGAAGACGCUGGUUUUGCCAGCCAAGACUGAUCUUUAUUUCCCACCCGAGGACUCUGAAUAUGAAGUCGCUUGCAUGAAGCCAGGUGUCGGAACACUAGGUGUUUUCCCAUCUAUCUGGGGUCAUUGGGCAGGAGGCCCCGGGGAUAGCAAGGAAGAUGUUGCUUGGCUGGACAAGCAGAUGGCCGAGUUCUUUGCGGCCAACCCGCCUGACAGUGUUACUGCACUGGGUGAGAAGCUUCAAGACACGCUGUGA